UGAGGAAGCAAAGUCAUUAUAACUGAAAGUAAGUAUACAAAAUACUGAAUAAUUUAUUCAGUAUACGUAAACUCUAUACUGUUUAUAAUAUAAUUCAAUAUGGCCGGAGGAAGGUCUUCAAAGGGGAAUGAAGAUGACUUAGAAAAUAAGUUGUUAAAUGAUAUAAUAAAUCCUUCUGAAAUUCCUAAUGAUCAAUUAAUUGAGGAUAUAUUUCUCGAACGGAAGACUCAACAUGCGGAUGAUGCAGUAGAUUAUGAAGAUAUAGAUGAAUUAGCCGAUGAUGAAGACUUACCUGAAGAAGAAGAACCAUCUGGUAAAGGAGGAAUAGAUGGAAGUAAUGGAGAUGAAUUAAAUCCUGAAUCAGAUAAUGAAGAAGAAUUACAAGAACAAGCCAAUGCAGAAUUCGAUGAUAUGUUUGGUAAUGGAGAUGAUGUAUUUGAUAAUGAUAAUACUGAUAUUAAUAAUAAUUUAUUUAAUGAUUUAGGUGGAGGAGAUCAUUAUAUUAAUGGAAAUGAUGAUGGUUUAGAUGAUUUAGAUAUGGGAGAAAUUUUCGAAGUAAAACAAGAAUUCCCCUCUAGAAAACGACUGUCUAUUCUGGAAGAAGAUAGAAUUAAAAAGAAAAAGAAAUUACAACGAAUAGUGAAAAGAUUGGAAUCCAAACAAGCCAAAAGGAAUAUAUCUCGAUAUUUCCCAACUUAUUCUCGACAUAAACCAUUUAAUUUCCAUUUAUUUUUCCAACCUCAACCUCGAUAUUAUCGAAAUCAUCGUCCAACAUUAGCAUUUAAAGAAGUUAUAAAACCUCUAAUGCCCACUAAAAUCAAUCUUGAUUUAGAUUUUGAUCUGAAGAAACAAUUUAAAUCGGGUAAACAUAUACCUUCAAUAAUUCCAAAGGAAAAGGGUAUAACUCAAAUAACUCAGAAUGAUCUUGAUUUUAUAAAAGCAUUAAAUUUUAAACGAACUCAAAAGGAAACAUUUUUAAGACAAGAACCAAUAUUAAAUAAAGAUUGGAAAAGUAGUGAUAAAUUUACUGAUUUUUCAAAGGAUUUAAUAUUAUCUACUGCUGAUUGGGAUGAUGAAGCAAUUAUAAAUGCUGGAGAUAAUGGACCAGCUAAACUUAUACCAAGUAUGGAUACAAAUAUGCUUGAUUUAUCAUCUGAUGAAGAUGAUGAAUAUAUUUUUGAUGGUAAACUUACUAGUGAUGUAAUAAAUCUUGAUAUGAAUGAUCCAAAUCUUUUACUUGUACCACAAAAGAAACUUAAAUCUCAAUCUCGAGCAUUAAUACCUAUAAAUGAUAAACAAUUGGAUUUAAAAUUUAAUAUAUCUAAUGAUAAACAAUAUGAUAUUCUUAAAGAUAAUUAUAAUACUAAAGUUAGAAGUCAAUUAAGUAAUUUAAAUAUUGAACAUUCUAUUCCAGCUUUACGAUUACAAGGUCCAUAUUAUAAAGUAAAACUUACUAAACAAGAAGCUAGAUCAUUCCAUAGACCAAGAUUUAUUAUUAGACCAGGUUCAUUAUUAAGUUUUGCAAAAUUAAAACAACGAAAGAAAAAGAAGGAUAAGGGUAAAUCACUGAAAGAAAUCUUUUCUAGAACUACAGAUUUAACUGUAGCUGAUAAUGCACAAAUAUUUGGAUUUGAAUAUUCAGAAGAAUAUCCUUCAAUAUUAUCUAAUUUUGGAAUGGGUUCAAAGAUUAUUAAUUAUUAUAGAAAAGAACGUGAAGAUGAUACUUCUCGUCCAAAAACUCUGGUGGGUGAAACUCAUGUAUUAGGAGUUGAAGAUAGAUCACCAUUUUGGAAUUUUGGUGAAGUAGCUCCUGGAGAUUUUGUUCCAACUUUAUAUAAUAAUAUGGUUAGAGCUCCAAUUUUUAAGCAUGAAAUUAAGAAUACAGAUUUUUUACUUGUAAGAUCUCAAGGAGCUGGAUCUCAUCAAAGAUAUUUCUUAAGAGCUAUUAAUAAUAUAUUUGCAGUUGGUAAUAUAUUUCCAGCCGUUGAAGUACCUGCCCCUCAUUCAAGAAAAGUUACUAAUACUUCAAAGAAUAGAUUAAAAAUGGUAGUAUUUAGAGUUAUGAAUAAUAAUGGACAAGCAAGAAUAUCUGUAAAAGAUGUUUCUAAACAUUUUCCUGAUCAAAAUGAUAUGCAAAAUAGACAAAGAUUAAAAGAAUUUAUGGAAUAUCAAAGACAAGGUGAUGAUCAAGGUUAUUGGAAAAUAAGAAAUAGUGAUACUGUACCAACUGAAGAUGAAGUAAGAGCCAUGAUAACUCCUGAAGAUUCUUCAUUACUUGAUAGUAUGCAAUAUGGUCAACAAUUAUUAGAUGAUAUUGCCAUGAUUUAUGGAGAAAAGGAAGAACCAAAGAAAGAUGAAGUUAAGAAAGAAAAGAAGGAAAAGGAGAAGGAUAAAAAGGAAGAUAGUACAGAACCUAAUAAAGAUGAUAAUGAAGAUGAAUCCACCAGUAUUAAAAAGGAAAAGGAGAAAGAGAAAGAAAAGGAAAAAGUUAGAAAACCUAGAGAUCCUGAUGCAGAAAUUGAUAUAGAUGAAGAACUAGCACCUUGGAAUAUAACUCGUAACUUUUUAGGAGCAACCCUGUCUAAAUAUAUGCUUCAACUUAAUGGUGAAGGUGAUCCUACUGGGGUAGGAUUAGGUUAUUCAUUAUUAAGAUCAACUCAAAAGAAUGGAUUUAAACCAUUAUUUGGAGAAGGACGAGAUAAGACUCCUAAGAAUAAUACAGCAGCAUAUCAACAAAAAUUAUAUGAAGCAGAAAUUAAACGUAUAUGGUAUUCUCAAAGAAGUUCUUUAGUAGAUCAUGGAUCUGAUUUUAAUCUUCAAGCCAUAUAUGAUGAAUAUAAACCAGCUGAUCAUGAAAGAUAUAUUAAACAUUUAUUUAGAGAAGAAAAGAAAAAGGCUGAAGAAUUAGCUAAAUCUAAAGCAUCCAGUGAAAAUGGAGAAAGUAAUCUUAAUGUAGAAGAGAAAGUUUUAAGAAUUACUCGUAGAGUUCGUGAUGAAAAUGGAAUUUUUCAAAGAAAAGUUGAAACUAUUUCUGAUCCUCGAUUAAUUAAUGCCUAUAUUAAACGGAAGAAACAAAUUGAAGAUGAAUUACUUAAGAAUGCUGAUGUAACGGAAAUCUUACCUACUAAUGAUAAAGAAUUGAAUAAGAUUAGAAGGAAAGCAUUAUUACAAAAAUUAGCUAAUUUAGAAAAGAGAGCCAAACAAAGUAGAGCUAAAAAGCCACCUAAGGAUUCUAUUCAUGCUGCAGCCGCUGCUGGAGGUACUAUAAUUGAUGCAAAUACUGUAAUGUUACCUGAUGGAUCUUAUGCUAUUGGUGGUAAAGGUAUUGGUAAAGGGAAAAGUAAAACUCGUAGAUGUGCAUCUUGUGGAGCCUUUGGGCAUAUUAGAACUAAUAAAUCUUGUCCAUUAUAUGCUGCUACUAAUGGAGGUACGAUUCCUGUAAAAAGAGAUGAUCAUGGAAAUAUAACAGAACCAUUAGCAGCAAUUCAAGCUAUGAAUGCCCUUAAUGAAAAGAAUAAUAAUCCUACCCCCAAUAAUCAAGAAGCCACACCUAUUGAUGAUUCAAAGCUUAAGUAUGCUUCAUUAAAAAGUAAUAAUAAUUAA